AUGGGGGCCGCGGCGGGGCGUGCAUACGCACGCCCCGCCGCGCGCCCCUUGACGCAGCAUGCCGCGCCGGUGGGGCGGCAGCGCAGCGAGCGCCUCGCGACGCUCUACGGCGCGCUCGCGCGGGCCGAGCCGGCGGCCGUCUAUGACGCAUUUCUGGGCGUCGAGGAGGCCAAGACGCCGCUCGCCGCCGCCGAGUACCGCCAUAUCCUGCAGGUGCUGCUCGAGGCACAGCCGACCACGCGCCAGACCACCGACCAGAUCCUUGUGCUGGUCGAGCACGUAAAGCGCGCACAACGCAUGUAUGCGCAGGCCACGUCGCCCAACGAUGUGCUGGUGCGCGAUGAGCUGACUGCGCUUUUGCAGGAUGCCUACCUGUGGAACACGCUGCUGUCGAGCGCGCGUGGGCGGCAGCGGCGGACGCCGCCGAGUUUGCUGCUCGAGCUACUCGAUCUGUUUAUUGCCGCCGAGCAGAGUGCAGGGGGAGGGCGCGGGACAAGGAAAGAAGGGGAGGAGGAUGGGCUCCAGGCCCUUUACCGUGCAGGGAUAUCGAAUGCAGGGGUGCCGAGCGACGUGCCGAGUGACGUGCCGAGUGACGUGCCGAGCGACGUGCCGAGUGACGUACGGAGCGACGUGCCGAGCGACGUGCCGAGCGAUCUACCAAGGGCAAUGCCAAGCGACGCGCCAAAUACCAUGCCAGGCGGCGCGCCAAGCCCCGACUCGACGAGCACCGCCCCUUUCACCACCGAAACCACCGUCUCGUUCAAUAUCCUGCUGCAUGCCAUUGCACGCAGCGCCUCUGGCGCGCCGAACCGCCAACAAAAGCCCUUGUCGUCUCUCGCCGCCGUCCGCCGCGAGCUCGCGGCGGGGCGCUAUACCCGCGCCGACGCCAUCUCCUUCUUUCGCCUCGUCUGGCGCCGCCUGUGCGAGGCCGGCACGCCGUCGGCCGCCUCGUGGGCGAUCCGUGCCCUGUUCUUUGCGCAGCUCGAGCACGAGCAAGGCAUGCACGACUGCAUGCGGGCGAUGGUCGCUGCCGGCGCAUGCUCGACGGCCUCGGUGAAUACGGCGCUCGGUGCGUACGCCGCGCGGCACCGCGAUGCGUCGGCGGACCUGUGCGCCGUGUACGAGGCGCUGCGCUACAACCAGCUUCUCGACGAGCUGCGGCGUGUCGGCCAUGCUGCGCGCCCCCCCGCGCAGUCCGAUCCGGCGGUGCGGCGCGUGCUUGGCGUCGACGCCGUCCCCCCCGACGUGCUGCCCGACCGCGCGACGUACGCGCUGCUAGUGCGCCUGCUUACCCAGCGCGGCGACCUGAGCGGCGCGCUGCGUGUGCUGCACGACAUGGUCGUCACGCCGAGCGCGCCUCCUACGACCUCCCUCCCCCGCCCGUACGUAUCGCUGGGCGAGUCGGAUGCCCAUGGCAUGGCGCCGAGUGUCGACGUGUACCAUGCGUUCUUUUCCGCCUUUGCCAAGUACGGCGUGCCGGCCGACGUGCGGCAGCGCGGCGCGGCGCCGCACGAGUGGGAGUGGGCCGCCCCCGACACGCUCUGGAACGUGCACACGCUCGCCGAGCUCUUUGAGGGCUACCUGCGUGUGGACCCCCUUCAUACCCCCCCCCGGCGCUCGCGGCGGCGGCCGAGCCAGGCGCCUGCGCCCACGCCGCACCAGCUGUACCAGGUGCUGCUUGCGCUGCAGCGCGUCGGCCACGGGCACCACGCGUGGGUCUUUUGA